UCGACAACAGCAACAGCUAGUCAGCCACCUCAGUCGCUUGCUAGCCAAAAUUGCCAACACAUUCAAGCUCUAAGUCACUGUGUUUUAACCCAACUUCUGUCGUAUCUACUUGUUAAUGUAUUUAAUUUCAUAUUUACGUUGUUGUUAGUCUGCUAACGUUAGCUGGCUUACAAAGUUAGCACUAGGCUAGUCGCUAAUGCUAACUACAUCCCCGGCCAUGAUUAGUUCGAUACGCUGCUUGCCUUCUGUUAAAGAAGAGGAUGAGGGUCUGUCUGAACAUUGUCGUGAAAGAGGAGAAGGAAGAGGAGACAGGAGAUCUGAUUAACACAAGAGAGAGACCUGAGUCUUUUUUUGACUUCGGCAAGAGUCCUUCAAUGGAACCAGACCCAGAGAUACUCAAACCUGCGAGACCACACCCCUGCUCCCAAUGUGGAAAGAGUUUUACCAAGUUAGGGAGACUGAAAGAGCAUGAGACGACACACACAGGAGAAAAGCCUUUCCAAUGUUUCCAAUGUGGAAAGAGUUUUACCUGGUUAGGGAAUCUGAAAACACAUAAGAUAACACACACAGCAAAAAAACCUUAUCACUGCUCCAAAUGUGGAAAGAGUUUUACCCAGUUAAAGAGCCUGAAAGAACAUGAGAGAAUCCACUCUGGAGAGAAGCCGUACCAAUGCUCCCAGUGUAGAAAAGGUUUUAACCAGUUAGAGAAUCUGAAAAAUCAUGAGAGGACACAAACAUGUGAAAAACCUUUCCAAUGUUCCCAGUGUGACAAGAGAUUUACCCAGUCAGGGGACAUGAAAAUACAUGAGAGAAAACACUCUGGAGAUAAGCCUCACCUCUGCUCCCAGUGUGGAAAAAGAUUUCUCUCAUCAGUGGAACUGAAAUCACACAAGAGAACACACACAGGAGAGAAGCCGUUCCAUUGCUCCCAGUGUGAAAAACGUUUUAGCCUUUUACAGAACCUGAAAAGGCAUAACAGGAAACAUACAGGAGAGAAACAUAUUCAAUGCUGUCAAUGUGGAAAGAGGUAUAUCCGGUUUCGGAGCUUGAAAGAACAUGAGAGAAUACACUCUGGAGAGAAGCCUCACCACUGUUCCCUUUGUGGAAAGAGUUUUAGGUGGUUAGUGAACCGGAAAACGCAUGAAAAAAUACAUUCUGGAUAGAAACCUUUCCGGUGUGGAACAGUUUUACUGAGUUAGGGAACCUAAAAAAACAUGAGAGAAUUAAGACGCUAUGUUCUGUCUUAUGUUGUUGACUGAGAAGUUGUUUUUGUUUAUGCCACAUGAAAUCAUCUUUUUUUAAUGCCUACAAAAAAAAUUAAAGACAAAUUUAAUAUAGGUGAUUCAAUUUGUAGCUCUAAACUAUAGGCUAAGAUACAGGUAUCUAUCUGUAUUUUCAGUGGGUCACUUCAUUUUUGCUGUUCAGAACAAAUUGAACCAUUAAUCGAUUAGUUGGCAGAAAAUUUUACCGAAAUGUACAUCCCUAGUGUACAGUAAGAUAAGAGUUCUUUACACAACUAUUAAAACAGAAAAUGAUUUGUACGCUUGGGGUUUAUGAACAAAAAAAGUAUAUUGUAUAUUAAUAUUAUGUAUGUAUAUGAGAUUUUCUUUUGAUAGUAUAAACUACAGCUCUCUAUGCUAUUUAUUAGUAUCAUUAUCUUUAUUUAAUAACUAAUAUCACUAUUAGAGCACUGGUACGCCGACAAUGUGACUUUUUAAAGGCAUUUUCCCCGGAGAUUGCUUUCACGGUAAACGCUGCACAGGUCGGCUCAGAAAGCACACUUCACAUUUAAAGGCUCUAUCUAAUGUGGACGGGACUAAAUCCCUAACUAAUUGUCAUAUUCAGUGUUGGGUUCAGACUACUCUGAUAACUUUGUUGUGUUAACGAGUAAUUUAACGUUUUUUUUAUUUUAUUUAAGUAAUCAAUUAUUUUGUUACUUUUUCAAAUAUGGAAAUCGUUCUUUUUACAAUAUUAUUUUUACAAUAUUAUUUCCCUUUUUCUUUGUUGGUGCAAAUAAAAAUCCCUUUCCCUAUCCCUAUGUUCGCCACGCUUCGGGCUCUUCCUGAUCAGGCACAAACGUUGUAGUUGUAGAUAAUAGCAUUUAAAUCGUGGAAGUAUUCACAUUACUUUUAAUUGGUACAAGAAGAAAAGGACUUUGCUCCCACACUAAUGUAAUUUUUUUAAAUAUUAAGAACAACUUCUUAUUUACAAUGACGGUCUAGGAACAGUGGGUUAACUGUCUUGUUCAGGGGCAGAACAAC